AUGGAUCUGUGUGGUAGAGUGUUUGCUGCUGUGCUGAAGGAAGCUGCAUCAUCAGAUAUCCAUAAAGUGGAAUAUGUAAAAGGAGAGAAGUCCACGUCUCCCAGAAGUUCACAUGAUUACAAUAAAGCUGUGCCUGCGAAACCUCCCAAAGCUGAGAGCAAACCGGCAGCAUUUCUGCAAAUCGCUUCACCCGCGUCUGGCAGGAACGGUGUCCUGCACUGGAGAGCCGACAGCUUCCCGGUGUUCACGAGGGGACUGGAAUACAAGAACAACAGCCUGUACGUCCACCAGGACGGAUACUAUUACAUCUUCUCCAAGAUCGCUCACCUGGAGAACUGCAACUUCUUCAAGCAUCAGGUCAUGCAGUGCACGGAGAGGUACAGCUCACAGGCCAUCGAGCUGAUGCAGAGCUCCAGGUUUAUCUGCGUGCCCAAUAAAUCUCAGUGGAGGGACAACAGCUACCUGGGAGGCAUCUUCCAGCUGUAUAAAGGAGACAGUGUGUUUGUGAAGGUCAAUAACAGCUCGCAGGUGCACGGUGAAGCUUACGAGAACUUCUUUGGGGCCUUCAUGGUCUAAAUACUGACAUACUGCUGCAAGAAAAUCACACACACACACUCUCAGGUUCUCAUUCCAGUUUUCAAUAUUAUUUGACAUAUUUAGCGAAUUGUUGCAAUAUAGAAUUGUGCUAUUUUUUUAUUUUUGUUUCUGCAGGUGAAUAAAUAUAUUUAGUGUGAGUAUGGCUGAAACCUGACCCUCGGAUCAGAUGCCAUUUCUCGUAAAGCUAAACGAUAAUUCUGCCAGUUUGUGUGUUAGAGGCCCAUUCACAGGAAACCAUUUGAAAAGAAACAUAUUUUCAUUCACUUAUUUUUAAAUAAUUGCACUAUUUAAGAAAUCAUGUUUCAAAUGCUUGUAAACUUGUUAGUGCCAUCUAUCCUUUAUCUAUUAUAAGCUGAUGUCAGUUUAUAUACAUGUAUUACAUGUCUCUGUUUGAAGUGCUGCAUUCUGGAAUGUUUCAGUGCAAUUCAUAAUGUAACAUGCAUCUCAGCAUUGCUGUAUAAACCAGAGAUUUCUUCUAUGGUCAGGUUUAUUAUUCUUUGUUUUAUUUUUCCCAACUGUUGUCAUGAUGGAGCAAUUGUUUCAGAGUGUCUUUUUGAGCAAGUACCUCAGUACCGCCACAGCAAGUCAAGAACACACGUUAAAGAAAUACUUCACCUAAACAUUUUAAUUUGCAGAUCAUCC